AACAAACAUUAGUUAAAUAAACAAACAUUUUGUUAAAAUAAUAGUAGAAAUUGUCCCGAAUUAAAGGCAUUUUUAGCAAGCAAAUCACCAAAAACCGAUACCUUCUGAUGAGUUAAAGCGAACCUUAAUGAUUAGUGAUGCGUACCACAGCGUGAUUCGUUCACUGCCAACUUUAAUGGGAUCAGCAGCAUCGUGGUGUGGCUGGAUUGGCGAUGGACCAUGACCCAAGCUUGCGAUCGGAACAUUCGGAAAUACGAUCGUUUGUGCUGUUUCGAAACACGACCGAGCGUGAGGUGGACGUGUAUUGGGUAAACUAUUCCUCCAAGCUUAUCCACUAUACGACGCUCCUGCCGAAAGCGGAAUGUAUGGUUAAUACGUACGUAACGCAUCCGUGGGUGUUUAAGGACAAGCAGUCCGAUGAGCGGAUGUACGUGCGCCACCAGCCGGUCUAUCUGCCGGAACCGUGGUACACAAACUUUACCAGUGCCGGCCGACUAACCAGAAAGGAAAUCCACAUCCACUUCCCGGUUAGGACUUUGACGGAGAACUGUCUGUGGCGGAUCGUUACACUGCUAGCGCAAGAAGAGGAUAGCGCACUGUGGGAACUGGAGAUACCUCGCAUGCUAAUACAGGAGCUACUAAUUAGGAAAAGGAAUAAAGUAAAGUAAAAAAAUGAA